AAUUGAACGAACCCAAAAUUACAGUUCCGCAUCUAUGCCCAAUACAGUGAAUUGUACAUACCUAAGCCUCUAAAACUUUGAUUCUAAAGCUCUCCAGCUUCUUCAUCCCCGUCAUAAUCAAUUAUUUACAUAAAACAGAAUCCCGAUAAAUGUUGUGACAAAAUUAAUUCAAAAAUGGCAGCAGACACCACCCCGCCUUCAGCGCAACAAGAAGAAGAAAACCAUGAAUUUCCCCUCCCCGCCAUCCUGACCUACCCCUCCUCAGCCCCGCCGACCCUCAUAACCCAAGGCGCCGAAGCGCGUCUCUACAAGACCACCUACCUGCUGCCCUCCGUCCCCUGCGCCCUCAAGUACCGCCCCCCAAAAGCCUGGCGACACCCGGCCCUCGACGCCCGACUCACGCGGCACCGCAUACUGGCCGAGGCGCGCAUCCUGACCAAGUGCCGGCGCGAAGGGGUGCCCGUGCCCGCCGUGUACGCCGUGGACGAGAGCGCGGGGUGGCUGAUGAUGGAGUGGGUGGGCGGGGCGCCGACGCGCGUCGGCAUCAACGCGUGGCUGCGGCGGCGGAAGCUCGACGACGAGGCGAAGGGCCACGAGGGCGACGCGGUGCCGGUUACGGGCGAUAAAGAGGAAGACCAGGAACUCGUCGCGCUGAUGCGCAGGAUCGGGAGCGCGGUGGGGCGGAUGCACAAGGUCGGCAUUGUGCAUGGCGAUCUGACGACGAGUAAUAUGAUGUUGCGCCCCUGGGAAAAGGGCCAGGAGCCGUCGAAUGGCCAUGCGCAUACGGCGGCGAUCGAUGGCGAUGAUGAGGGUUUGUUGUUGGAUGGGGAUAUCGUCAUCAUCGAUUUCGGCUUGGCGGGGCAGAGCACGUCCGACGAGGAUCGCGCCGUGGAUCUAUAUGUUUUAGAGAGAGCGUUUGCUAGUACGCACUCACGCGCAGAAGGUCUGUUCACGGCUGUAUUGGAGGGCGCAUACAAAGAGGCCUUCAAGCAAGCCCCUAUAGUACUAAAGAAGCUUGAGGAGGUUAGGAUGCGAGGGCGCAAGAGAAGCAUGAUAGGAUAAGUCAUAAAAUUGUUUAACGAGUGUGAACCCAAGCGAGAACCCCGUAAGUAGGUAAAUGAUUGCCACGCAGUCUAUCUUCGCGCAGUCAUGUAUU